AUGCGCUCGACCACAGGAAUCUUCUCUCUUCUCGUCGGGUUCUCCCUCCUCUUCAACAUCGCCAGCGCCUCGUUCAUGCUCUAUGAGCGGGACAUCGAACCGGCCGAAAUUGACCUGCAGCUAAUCACCAACGAGCUCGACUUGCUCGACCUCGACCUCAUCCUUCUGAAUGCCACCCAGUUCAAUAUUACUGGCCCAGAGCUUGAUGCGCCGACACUGGUCGCGCAAAUCAAUCAGGAGUUCACGACUCUGGACCAGCUGACUCUCGGUGCAUCUAUGCGAGUUAUGGCUUGCUUUUCGGCCAACGGACCGGCCACCAUCGAGGACGCAGACGGAUUCAUCCACCUCGCCCAGACCGGCUACAUCCCCAUCAUCGAGGACAUGCUCAACCGCACCGAAGGCCUGCACCCGUUCUUCUCUAAAGACGCGGCGAAUUUGGCGUCCCUCCGCAACGACCUCCGGCUGUACAACCACUCCAACUCUUUGUAUCUCGCCAACCUGACUAUCGCCUCAGCCCCUGAACUGCUGCCCGUCGUCCGAAAUAUCACGGCGAACAUCACUCGAGCGUUCCAAGAGACCUUGGCCGUCUAUGGAUUGUUUUAG